CGGCCGAAAACGAGAGGGCCCGGGGUCCCGAACAGGGAGAAGGGGGGCGGUGGGCAUUGGCGGCGGUUCGCUUCUACGAACGAGAGCUCCCUCUGCCCCGGCCGGAGGACUCGAGCGCGGCGUCGGCCUGCGAAGGAGCGCGCGGCGCCAGCACCCACCUUCCACAAUAUCGCUCGCUCGCUGGUCGCACGUGCGGCAGCGGCCGGCAGCGGCGCGGGAGCAUUGCCGCUCUCCUCGCCCCCACAUCGCUGCAGACUGACUUCGCUGCCGAAGACUAGGGGAAAGCGUUUCGGCCGUUCGCUUGCGCAACCCGUGUGGACGCCCGGCCGUCGGGGUCGUUUCGGUGUGUGUGUCUGCGUGUGUGUGUGUGUGCGUGUUUGUGCCGGCGGAGGGAUGGGGGCGGCGUGGGAAUCCGUGUUUUGAAAUCGUCUUCCUCCUCCUCUUCUUCUCUCUUAGCUCUCCUUAAGCGGGGCGGUGCAUGCCGAUCUCGUUUGGAAGGGAGAAAGUGCAGCCCGACUGACCGACCGACCCAGUCAAGUUGCGCAAGUUUCGUUAAGGAAAAGCGCACGCGGAGACGCGAUCGAAAAAAAAAAAAAAAGAAGCCAAAAAAGUAAUAACGUAGAGAAGAGCGACAGAAGGAAGAACCGUGCUGAGUCUGUGACCACUCAGUUAUUUCACCGUAUUGCUCGCAGUUACGUCGGGUUUCGUCUUCGUUUUCUUUCUUUCCUUCCUUCGCCCGUUCGGUACACAAGGCGCGGAAUAGUGCAGUUUUGUUUCCGAGCUGCUGACGUUACCCAAGUAAUGCAACUCCACGGCUCUGACGAAAGCGCUCGCCGAUUGAAGGGCGUAUAGCGGGAAACUGUUUAUUUUCGGGCCACCAAAUUGAUCUCUCCGUCUGUCGCUUCCUUGCUGCUGUUAGCUGAGCGAACACUAUCGACUCAGCGUAAACUGCCCCAAAUGCGCAGUUGCGUGCCAAAUCCGAUCUUCAUAUACGAGAAAUUCGGAGAGAAGGUAAUCGAAUAGAAAAAAAAAGAGGGGGGAGGGGGAGGGAACUGUGCACUCUCCGAUUUCGUCGUUCGUCAGUGGUGUCUGUGUGCAUACGUCGCCAAUUCACUUUACGCAACUGCAAAGAGACGACGAGUGAAAGAGCCCUGCUUCUCCGAAACGCAUCGCUUUUGAAGUCGAUUUAAACGAGAACGUUCGCCUGGCAUUUCGACUCUGACGAAACUGCACGUGGAGUAGACUGUCGCAAGACUGGUCUGCCAAAGAAAGAAAGACAACAAAGGAAACCGUCAAUGUUAUCGGCAGCUUUGAGACGCAUCAAGUGAAUCUGUGGCGAACAAGGGGAUUGAGCAAAACCAGUGACUUCUGGGAAGGAAACAUCAGUAAAAUUUCGUUUCUCGGCGAUCGGCGAACAGCGCAAAUAGAAGGCACCAACCGAAUCGUCGGGCGCGUCACGAUACCCGCUGCGAGAAAAGUGCACCGAGCUCGUAUGUCGUCAUCGUCCUGGAGAGUUCAUUCCCGAAGCCAUGCUUCCCUCGGAUCAAGCCUAGCUCGCCUCCACGUGCUCAAGGAUUGCACAAUCCGGGAGCGAAACAAGAACGGGCUAGUCCAAGACGCAAGCAUCGCAUCCCGAGCUCGAUAGCAGAGACAUAUCCCAAAGAAGCGAAAGUGUCCUCGUAAGGGGAUUUAAUCGCUGAAUGGACCCUCAGUAGAGGGACUGCAUUUGCAUCAGCAACGCUGCUAAGCUACUGAUUAAUACUUGUAGCCAAGUGUUGCAUAUCGCAGUGAUCUUCAAACUAGAGAUAAAUAUGAGCUAGGACUAAAGUUCAAGGGGACCGAAGAGUACAAUAAAUAAUUAACGCCACACUGAUACAGCUUAUAUUUACCACAUAUUAUACACAGCACUCGGAAAAAGGGCUGUAACUUUAAGCAGACUUGCUCCGUCGCAUUUCGCACAGGCUUUAAGAUAUUACAAAAAGGCGUACGAUACUCUUUAAAAGUGUCCGCUGUAGGAAUAGACGGUAACAGGGGACAAGGCCAAAUAAUAAGUUCUCCAUAACGUGUUCCCUUCUCGACGCUGCAGCUACGAGGAAUCGCGGUCCAACAACAUUGUGUUGAAAGGUCUGAAAAAACAUCAGAGAUCUUGUUUUCUUAUUCGCUAAAGCGUUUGCCAUAAUAUUUUGAUACAACUGUACCUUAUCGAAGGACAGCCAGAAGUUAGUGAAGCCCUAUACAGCCAAAAGGAGUCAGCUAGGUAGCUAUCAUCUUAUCGUUUUCUAGUUUUGCACAACUAAGGCUAUGCUUUGAAAAGACAUACUCAGUAGAAAAUUUUAUAGUGCAAUAAUCUCAAAGUUCACUUAAUGUAACUAAUAAAUGAAUCGAUAAGUGGGUCAAUUUACUGAAAGAGGCUGAUUAGGCAGUGCGCGCUCAAGUAUUAAACAGGAUGUUUCAAGCAUACUCUUAAAAAGGUAAAAAAAGCAAUUGCAUUGGUUUCUAAGCUUAAUUUCGAAGCGCUAAGUUCAAGGCUUAAAAGCAGACGACUCAAAGAGCUCGAUAUGUGUAGAGAUAAACGUACCUGCGUAUAUCAAGUUUUUAGACGUCGUAAGGAAAAGAAAGAGAGUGUGAAAUACUUAUGAAAUACCUAGAGCUAAUUACUGAUAGCUCAGUUAUAAUAGACGAAGCCCAUCUGUAAAUAAAGUAACUAUGUACAAUAAAAGACUUAGCGUACAAAAAAAUUAAACUUAGUGGCUAUAUUUUGAGCAGGUGGAAGCAGCCUUAUCAAUAGGCACAUCAAGAAGCUACGGAACUCAAAGAAAAAUAGUUAUCGCUAAGGAGAAGUAUUUGCAGAUAUAUGACCGAGGAGCCGCUAUCUAUCGUUAUUGACUUCAUAUUGAACAUGAUGUCAGUGUAGAAAAAGAGAAAUGUCACACCUGCUUCUGGACAGUCUUCCUAAGACUCUAAUUUCUGGCCAGCACACUUAGACCAUCCAGGUGACCGGGUCUACAGUAUACAAAAACGCUUGGACUGCGGUGACGGACGAAAAAAAGAAACUGUUGAAAGGACAGAAAAUAAGUAUAAACUUACUGUUUACCACCCCCGUUCAAUCAAACUAGCCACGUGGCGAUUUUAAUGGCCAGUGGAAGGUGACAGUGAAAUCGGUUGUAAACAUCCGCGUGGGACGUUAACGUGAACGGACACAUCGGGCCAAAUCAGCUGGUGGAGGAGAGGCCUCGAAGACGAUGGGUUUAGGCGACGAAAGUUCCCGUUCAAACCUGGCGGCAGCAUUCCGAGCCAUGUCCAAGCCGAAGACACAGCUUCCGCCGCCGGCCGUGGUCAUCACGCUGGACACUGACCCGUUCACCGUGGAUGCCAGCCCGGCCACAACGCCCACCACAGCCACCACACCCACGCUAUCCAAGGGUCGCCAGUCCGUGCACAGAGACUCUCUCCUACCUGUGCGUGUCGACUCGACGACGUCAGGGGAUACCAAGGUGAACGGCGUGUACAGUGCUACUGGCUCCGGCUCGAACUCGCCGCGGGUGCAGGUCUUUCCGAUGAGGUCGCGCGAGAACUCCGUGGUCCAGGACCAGUCGGGCACCGGAAGCAGCAUCGAUCUCUGCCUGGGAAUUUCAGGCGACGGCCCAGCGGAUGGAGUGCCGCCGGGGACGAAGGCGGACAGGCGCUGCUGCAACGAGAACAGCCGCAAGGUGUCGCUGGGUCUGGUGAUGACGCUGCUCAUCGCCGCCUCGUGGGUCGGGGCGGCGCACAUGCUCAAGGCCACGUUCGCUGAGAGCAACAGCCCCGCCAACCAGAGGCUCACCAGGGAGGGCCGGCUCAACGUUACCGAGGUCACAUUCGAUGCACCCUUCUUCACCACAUGGGUCUGUGCAAGCUUCAACACGUUCUUCUUCCCCAUUUUCUUGAUGGGGCGACUCUGCUCCCGGACAGAGAAGACAACUGCCAAGAAUGUGCUCAUCGAGACCUUGGCGCAGCUGCAGGAGAAGCAGUUCACCUUCUCCCAGUUCUUCUCCCGGUGCGGUCUCUUCUGCCUGCUCUGGGUGGUGACCAACUACGCGCUGGUGCACUCGCUACGCAUCCUGGACACCACGGACGUGCUGGCGCUCUACGCCUCCAACGUCUCCUUCGUGUACCUUCUCUCCUGGGUCAUCCUCCACGAGCAGUUUGUCGGGAUCAGGAUUGUGGCGGUGAUCCUCUGCAACACGGGCAUUGCGCUACUGGCAUACAUGGAUGGAGUCACGAGAACCAUGACGCUCGGUGGAGUGGUGCUCGCGGCAGCCGCCGCUGCCGGCUCUGGAGUGUACAAAGUGACGUUCAAGAAGCUCAUAGGCGACGUGACGUUUGGUCAGCUGUCGCUCUUCUUCAGCCUUAUUGGCUUCCUGAACCUGCUCCUCAUGUGGCCAGUGCUGCUGGCGCUGUACCUGCUGCGAUUCGAGACCAUCGUGUGGAGUCGCAUGCCUUGGGGAAUGCUCGCCGGUGCCGGCGCCCUAUCCUUACUAUCAAAUUUGCUGGGGAAUUUCGGCAUCGUCUGGACUUUUGAAAUAUUCCUCACAUUAGGACUCGCGUUUGCAGUGCCAAUUUCUGCGAUCGUAGACGUGUACAUCUACGAGGUGAUGUUCGAAGGCAUGAAGCUGGCCGGAAUCUUGCUCAUCCUGAUCGGGUUCAUGCUGGUGCUACUGCCGGAGGACUGGCCGGACUACCUGACCAUGAUCCUGCGCUAUCGACGGAGCAGCCGCCGGCGCCGCACAGUCGCGAAGAAGCCGACGCCGCAGGACACUGGCACUGGACACCGCUCCCGCCUCAGGACACCGUCCGGUCGCAUCAAGUAGCGCUUGGACGGGUUUGAGCUCGGGGAUCUGCUCAGAGUUCAAAUCCAGAACAAGCGACUAGAGCAGACGGCGCACUUCAGCGUCGACAUGGCCAGCACGGUGUACGGUGGUCAAAGAACUCCUGACAGCGAAGCCCACGAGUACAUAUUCUAACGAGGCAGUGAACGGUGCGCGCAACCGCGGCGUUCUCUCCCUCAGAGAGCAACCACGUUGAUGCUGUGCAUCCGAUACGAUGGCGCUGUCGUUCGCGCUGUCUCGGACAAGUUAUGUGCCAGAACACGUAUCGGCAGUGUGUCAUGCUGACGAGGAAUCGUGGGGCUGUUGUUACUGCCACUCAACUUCACUUGAGAGAUGUUUGUCAUGGCUACUUCGUAGUCAAGACCGUGUUGUGUUGACGUGCCUAUAGUGUGCGCGCAAACUUCGGCUGAAAAGCGAGGAUAAAGACUUCGAAGUUGGACUUGUUUUGUUUGGGGGGCUAAUGGUACGAGAAGAGCGUGUCGGUGGGGAAGGAAUGUUACCGUUUGAUGGUGAAGCGUUUGUUGUUAGAUUAUUACUGCGAGAGACUAGCUGCAGUAGUCGAGCGCGCGCGGUGACGCUGACGUUUUGGUGAUGUUGUUUUGAGUCAUGCAUCGUAAUGCUGGCGCUCAAGUAAGUAGGUUUGCAGUGAAGUGUGUUUCCAUGAGCACUAAGAGAUUGCACUUGUUUGAUAACUGAGGAAGAGCUGCAAUAAUGUGAGUACCACGUCGAUGUCAUGAAAGCACCCGCAUCUGAGUCAAUGCAACCAAGCUACUUGUUGGUCUUUCUUCCAACAAUUAACGAAAUCCUGACAUCUUCAAUCGAAUGUAUAGCACUUUUCUUGCUUCCCCAUUACUCACAGCUAGAUUUUCUUUUUUACUUUACGAGCGACUUAUUUGAUGUUCUCGCCCGUCACUUGCUACUUGGGUGGCAAGACGACGUUCUUCUUCAAAGUAGUGAAUCUUGGUACAAACGUUACAAAUAAGGUUCACAGGUAUUUAUUUCAUCUGCCCUAAGCUAUAUUUCGUUCUCAUCAAACUUUAUUGUCACCAACAAAAAUGUAACUGAUCUCAACUACAGCAUAGACUGUGAGCGGUUGCUGUCUCUAGUCAGUGGGUAGAACAUCUUUGGCAGAGCUUUACGUUGUGAACAUCACGUGCUGGUGAAAUAAGUUAAACGUCGCUCUAUUGCUCUAUCUAGAGAUGUUGAGUGAUCAGGUAAGACACACACCAAAUCCAUAAGGCGCACGUAUUUAAUUUUCGUCACUUUUACUCUUCUCACUUUCCCGGUUUGCCUUCACUUGUUGACUGAACGUUGCCGGCAGUGUGAACGUCAUGCACAUAGCAAGCUGCGUGGUAGCAUUGCUUUCAUCACAGCUGAAAUAAAGACUGCAAGCCCGGUAUGUGUGAUAAAAAAUGGAGUUUUGGUUUUCCUUUGUCGCGAUGAAUGUCGGAUCAUAUAUUCAAAAGAAACGAGAACUGUGUAUGAUGUUGCACAAUUAAAUAA